AUGGGAGGGACAGACGAUGCUGCCGUGGCACCUGCGCAAACGGCGCCUCCCGCCAACGAAGUGCAGCGCGCAAGUGCACGUAUGGAUUCAUCGGCGACCGACCCGAAUGCAGGUCCUUUGCUAGGCGGCUCCUACCGGCUGAUUAAGAUGAUCGGCGAGGGCGCCUAUGGUGUCGUAUACUCGGCCGUGCAUAUACCAACGUCCACACGAGUCGCUGUAAAGCGCAUUUCGCCGUUCGACCACCAGAUGUUUUGCUUGCGGACCUUGCGUGAAAUCCGGCUGCUUCGCCACUUUCACCAUGAAAAUAUCAUCUCGAUUCUCGAUAUCUUGCAGCCGGACUCACUCGAGACAUUUACAGAGGUGCACUUGGUACAGGAACUGAUGGAGACCGAUAUGCACCGCGUCAUCCGUACGCAAGACCUGUCGAACGACCAUUUCCAGUACUUUGUGUACCAAAUUCUGCGUGGCCUUAAAGCAUUGCACUCAGCGGGUGUGCUGCAUCGUGAUUUGAAGCCAUCGAACUUGCUGCUCAAUGCAAACUGCGACUUGAAAAUCUGCGACUUUGGCCUCGCGCGUAGCGCUGAGCAGCCUGAACCGGAUAGCAAGGCGUUCAUGACCGAGUAUGUGGCGACGCGGUGGUACCGUGCGCCGGAAAUCAUGCUGUCGUUCAAAGAGUACACCAAGGCUGUGGACUUAUGGUCGGUAGGCUGUAUAUUUGCCGAGAUGCUGAAUGCGCGUCCGCUCUUCCCGGGUCGCGACUACCAUCACCAACUCUCGCUGAUUCUCGAGGUGCUCGGCACGCCGUCUAUGGACGAUUUUUAUGCCAUUACCUCAUCACGCUCACGCGACUAUAUUCGCUCGUUACCCUUCUGCCAGCGGGCGGACUUUGCCACCCUGUUCCCACGCGCUGAGCCUAUGGCGCUGGAUUUGCUGGAGCGGCUAUUCACGUUCUCACCGCGCAAGCGUAUCACGGUGGAAGAGGCGCUGGCCCACCCCUACUUGGAGCCGUACCAUGACCCAAGUGAUGAGCCGAAUGCACCGCCCCUGAGCCCUGGUUUCUUUGAUGCGGACUUUGCGAAGGAGCCGCUAUCGCGUGCUCACCUGAAAGAGCUUAUUUACCGUGAAAUCGUUCGUUAA